GAUCACUUCCUAAGUGGCGCGAGUCGAGCCAACACGGUGUAAAUUGAAUUCUGAAGAAAACAGUCAUGUAAAAUUGAGAGUUUUUGUGAAAAGUUGUGUGGACGUUAUAGUUUGUGACAGCAAAAUAGGAAGAAAAUGAUUUCUAUACUUGGUGGAAUCAGUUGGAAGAGUUUAACAGGUUCGACGGACGAUGACUGGAUCGACAGAGCCAAUCAUCUGUGGACUGUGUGUUUGUUGUUGUUGUUUGCGGUAGUGGUUAGUUCCGGACAGUAUGUGGGGGACCCAAUACAUUGUUGGUGUCCAGCAGAAUUCACUGGAACAUUUGUGGCAUACACAAAGAAUUAUUGCUGGAUCUCUAAUACAUACUUUGUCCCGAUGGAAACGGGAAUUCCGAGAGAUAUUGCCCAACGCCAAAAGGCAGAGCUUAAUUACUAUCAGUGGGUUCCGCUGAUUCUCGUGUUCAUGGCAUUCCUAUUCAAAGCUCCUCACAUCAUCUGGCAUUUGCUCAAUACAAAAGCGGGAAUCAACCUGAAUAAAAUUAAUGAGCUAACAGAUUCUGUGCAUGUUGGUAAACCCGAGGAUCGGGAAGAAAGCUUGAAGCAUAUAGCUAAGUAUAUAGAUCGGUGGUUACGUCAAAACAGGAACUAUCAUCGGAAUAUAUUGGUGAAAGUGCGGCAGAGAAUCUCCAAUGUUUUCAUUUUCUGUUUUGCAAAAAGGGAUGGGUAUUUCCUCACUGGGUUUUACCUUUUUACAAAAAUGCUGUAUUGUGUAAAUUGCGUUGCUCAAUUUUUCAUACUUGAUUCAUUUCUUGGGAUGGAUUUUGGAGGAUAUGGCUUUGAAAUUCUAUCGUACUUCAGAGAACAUGGAGAGUGGAAGGAAACACCAAGGUUUCCACGUGUCACACUGUGCGAUUUCAAAAUACGUCAACUUGAAAAUAUACAAACAUUUACGGUACAAUGUGUUUUGCCGAUCAAUUUGUUCAAUGAGAAAAUAUUCGCAAUGAUUUGGUUUUGGCUUUUUUUUCUUGCGAUUCUUACAUUCUACAAUCUUGCCUCAUGGUUGUUUUAUCUUCUGUUCCGACACAACAAAGAAAUGUUUGUGAGAAAGUACCUACGUGCAUGUAAUGAAAUCCAGUCAGGCUUUGACAAAAAACUGUCCAGACGAUUUGCAAAUGACUAUUUGCGUGAGGAUGGGUGCUUUUUGUUGAGAAUUGUGGGUAAAAAUUCUACAGAUAUCAUUUUAUCGGAUCUGACGAGACUAUUGUGGAAUAUUUUUAAAGAAAAACCGUUUCAAAGUCGUAAAAAUCUUGGUGACUUUGAUGAUGAUACACCAUUGACAAAUGAUUUAUCAUCACCUGUUCGAUAUCGAAGUAAACCAGACAAAAUUAUGAGUGAUGUUUAAGAGUUUCUGGUGCAGUUAUACCACCUUGUGUUCAGGAUUGCCUUGUAUUUUGACCAAUCAAAACAUUGUUUUAUUUAAAUCAUGUUAUGUAUUAUAAAUAUACUGAUUAUGCUGGAAAUAAGAAUUUCCUGUGUUUAUUAGGGUAUUAAGUUACUUUGUACAUUGUGGCGCAUAUUUUUUAUACCAGUAUUUUGCAAAUAUUUUGGGCAUAAUGUUAUAUACAGUUAAUUUAUUACCAUAUACAUUGUUCGGUACUGAAUGUUGAAAUAAGAUAGAUACAGAUAUAUCUGCAUUUCAACAGGAAAUAGUUUAUUAUAGCACUGAUGUAACCAAAAUGUAAAGUUAGUCCGAAAACAUGAUCUCAGUAGUUCCAUUUGAGUCAAUAUUUUGAUUAUUUUUAUUAGGAUGCUGAUUCUAGUUCACACAGAUUUUAGGAAUUAAUAUGAGUGUUAAAUGUUGUUGUAACAGGGUAAGAACAACUCUUCGAGUAGAUAAGAGCUCAAACUUUGGUCCCUAGACUACCAUUCAGUUUUAUGCACUACCAACUACUUCUACUAAAGCUACUUGUGCAAAUUCUUCCCAAUUUUGUAACGAAGUUUUAAAUGACUUAGUUCUUGACUUGCAGAUUUAUGCACAGAAAGAAAAUUUAAUACAUUGUAAAUUGUAAUAUAAUGUAAGGGAUAUGUCAAAAAGUAGCUGAAAAUAAAUUUAAUCUUCUACAAUCACCUUUGCUGGCAAUUGGGAAUAUAUGCGACUUGACCUAAAUGCAUUCAUAAUCAUUUUUAAAAUGAAGAAAUGGUUGUAAUGGGGUGAAAUUAAAAUUUUUUUUUGUAGUGUUCAUUAAAAUUCCAAAAGGCUUUUAAUUUUAUGUUAACCCUUAGCCUCCUGGUGACGAUUGGUUUUGCCUUUGCGACCAGUGCAGACCAAGAUCAGCCUGCACAUCCGUGCAGGCUGAUCAUGGUCUGCACUGUUCGCUAUUCAGUUAGUAAAUUUUCAGUGAACACCCCUUCGAAUAAUAAAUGGUAUUGCCCAAACUGAAUGAUGGAACAGUCCAUUUUAGAAAUUUAGCAGGUUAAGGGUUAAAAUAGAUGAAGCAGCAGCUGUCCAAAUAGAGAAUAUUCAUAAUGAUACAGUUAGUAAAGUACUACUUCCAAUAUUGCAUAUAUGAAGCCAUUAUAAAGGGAGAUAAUUAUGAACAAGUUACAACCGAUUAAAAAUACUCUCUAUAGUGAUGAUCAGUAUUUAAACCUUUGAUUGAUAUAUGGCAGAAUAAUUAUCAAAAAAGAAUUUAACAAAAAAUUAAUUGACUUUAUGUUCGUAACAAAAAGAUGUUGCAGCCACAUUAAAAGAAAUGGCAUUAGCACCCUUUAAGUCUUGUGUGAUGGCUGGUUUUCUGGUCUUUUGCUCCCAGUACUUUCCCAACAGUAGUAUUAAGUACAUUUAAAUACUAGGUACAAGUGAUAGGCCAGUAUAUAUCUGUAUAGUACUGAGUUGUGAACAUUGUUAUGUGAUUGUCCCCCAUUGAAGAAGAGUUGGUAUAUUGUUUAUUGUUGGUCUGUUGUCGUCUGUCAGUAGACCAUUUGGUUGCAGUCAGUAACUAGAGAAUGCAUGUCCUUAUACUUCAUAGGAUGAUUGUAUAUCACAAGUAAAUUGAUUUUUGUUGUUUUGAGGGUAAGUAGGUCAAAGGUCAUGGUCAUUGUUACGUUGGGACUGAAAACCGUUUGCACUCAAUAACUAAGAACCCUUUUGCCUACAUUUGUCAGACUUCAUAGGAUGAUUGCCGGUCAUAUUUUUAGGACUGGUAGGUGAAAGGUCAAAGUCACCAUGACAUUUUGGAGUUGGUAGGUGAAAGGUAAAGGUCACUAUGACCUUGAAACUGAGAUUGGUUUCAAUUCAAUAAGUUGAGAAUGCUUCAGUCUUCAUUCAAACUACCGGUACAUGGGAUUAAUGCCUUCACAUGGUCAGUAGAUGACCCCUAUUGUUUUGGGGUCAGCAGUUCAAAGGUCAGUGUCACUGUGACCUUGAAACUGAAAACAGUUUCCACUCAAAAAUUAAAGAAUGAUUUUUGCCAGUAGAUCAACCCAUUAUUUUCAGGAGUUUGGAUCUUUUCAGGACCCAUACUUACACUGAUAUUUACAUGUAUUUGAGUAAAAAAAAGUUCCCACUUUGCAGCUGUAAAAUUAAGACAUCUUUCAGAUUUAAAGUCCUUUUUAAAAUGCAGUUAAGUUGUAAAGGGCGUGCAACUUGUCCUCUUGAAUAAGUCAUGUUUUCUUGCCAGUAUACGUAAAUGAAUCGUUAAAAAUGGGAAGAUUAUUAUUCAGUAUAAGUAAAAGAAAUAGACAGCCAUUGUUAAAGACAUAAUAUUUACAGCAGUAACUAGGCAUGAUUAGUUAAAUAUUAAAAAGUAGUUUUAUAAUCUUUUCAAUUUAGCAAUAAAGCAUUUUUUAUGGAUUUUUUUCCUAAAUCACUGUUAUUGUUAAAGUUUUAACAUGAAUUAUCCAGAUGCGAGAUGGGUCGCACUGUUACAUAAGAUUAAGAGCCGAAUGAUUUCAUUUUUAUCAAUGCUUUGAUUUGACAGAUAAUGGAAGAAUCAAUUUGAUUUACAAAAUGUUUUAAAUGACUCGAUACAUCCGACCUAGAUGGUUUGGUUUGUUUGCGUUGCUGGGUUUUAUUACAGUUUUUCAAAAGUACAAUGUAUUUUAUACAGUUUGUGUACAUGUAUCGGUAACCAUAUUUUGUAUUCUAUUACCGUUAUAUAACAAUAACAGUUAUUCGGUUGUUUUUCACAAUUGACCAACCACUUCCCAACACCGUGAUCUUUGAAACUAAUUGAUUUUAAUAUUGUUGACAUGAUAUUUCUUGGUGUGUCUGAAAACAGUUUUGUGUAAAAAUAUGUGGGAUUCAGAUUUAAUAAUUAUUUAAAAAGUAAAAAGAAAUUGUUACAGUUAAAUUUCAUGAAUUGAUAAUGAAUAUAUCUACGAAAGUUAGACCCCCACAAUUAGCCCAGUAGGGAGAGCGCAGAUCUACAGAUCGCGGGGUUGUGAGUUUGAUCCCUGGGCGAGGCGUGUGUUCUCCUUGAUGAUUUGAUAAAGGACAUUGUGUUUGAUAUCAUUCUUCCUCCACCUCUGAUGUGGUUAAGUUGGCAGUUACUUGCAGAGAACAGGUUUGUACUGGUACAGAAUCCAGGAACACUGGUUAGGUUAACUGCCAGCAGUUACAUAACUGAAAUACUGUUGAAAAAUGUUGUUAAGGUAGUUCUGCACGUUACGAUCGAAAUUUUUUCUACAAUGUAGAAUUUGAUUAAACUCUGAUUUUUCAAAACUUCAGAAUAUACUAAGAAAAUUCAGCAAAUAAAAAAGAUAGGGUCGUGUGCUUGAUUUUUAGCUCACCUGUCACAAAGUGACAAGGUGAGCUUUUGUGAUUGCGCGGUGUCCGUCGUCCGUCCGUCCGUGCGUCCGUCCGUCCGUCCGUAAACUUUUGCUUGUGACCACUCUAGAGGUCACAUUUUUCAUGGGAUCUUUAUGAAAGUUGGUCAGAAUGUUCAUCUUGAUGAUAUCUAGGUCAAGUUCGAAACUGGGUCACGUGCCUUCAAAAACUAGGUCAGUAGGUCUAAAAAUAGAAAAACCUUGUGACCUCUCUAGAGGCCAUAUAUUUCACAAGAUCUUCAUGAAAAUUGGUCAGAAUGUUCACCUUGAUGAUAUCUAGGUCAAGUUCAAAACUGGGUCACGUGCCAUCAAAAACUAGGUCAGUAGGUCUAAAAAUAGAAAAACCUUGUGACCUCUCUAGAGGCCAUAUAUUUCACAAGAUCUUCAUGAAAAUUGGUCAGAACGUUCAUCUUGAUGAUAUCUAGGUCAAGUUGAAACUGGGUCACGUGCCGUCAAAAACUAGGUCAGUAGGUCAAAUAAUAGAAAAACCUUUUGACCUCUCUAAAGGCCACAUUUUUCAUGGGAUCUGUAUGAAAGUUGGUCUGAAUGUUCAUCUUGAUGAUAUCUAGGUCAAGUUCGAAACUGGGUCACGUGCGGUCAAAAACUAGGUCAGUAGGUCUAAAAAUAGAAAAACCUUGUGACCUCUCUAGAGGCCAUAUAUUUCAUGAGAUCUUCAUGAAAAUUGGUCAGAAUGUUCACCUUGAAGAUAUCUAGGUCAAGUUUGAAAGUGGGUCAUGUUCCGUCAAAAACUAGGUCAGUAGGUCAAAUAAUAGAAAAACCUUGUGACCUCUCUAGAGGCCAUAUUUUUCAUGGGAUCUGUAUGCAAGUUGGUCUGAAUGUUCAUCUUGAUGAUAUCUAGAUCAGUUUCGAAAGUGGGUCACGUGCCUUCAAAAACUAGGUCAGUAGGUCAAAUAAUAGAAAAACCUUGUGACCUCUCUAAAGGCCAUAUUUUUCAUGGGAUCUGUAUGAAAUUUGGUCUGAUGUUCAUCUUGAUGAUAUCUAGGUCAAGUUCGAAACAGGGUCAUGUGCGGUCAAAAACUAGGUCAGUAGGUCUAAAAAUAGAAAAACCUUGUGACCUCUCUAGAGGCCAUACUUGUGAAUGGAUCUCCAUAAAAAUUGGUCAGAAUGUUCACCUUGAUGAUAUCUAGGUCAAGUUUGAAACUGGGUCACGUGCCUGAAAAAACUAGGUCAGUAGGUCAAAUAAUAAAAAAACCUUGUGACCUCUCUAGAGGCCAUACUUUUCAUGGGAUCUGUAUGAAAGUUGGUCUGAAUGUUCAUCUUGAUGAUAUCUAGGUCAAGUUUGAAACUGGGUCAACUGCGGUCAAAAACUAGGUCAGUAGGUCUAAAAUUAUUAAAAUUGUUUGACCUCUCUAGAGGCCAUAUUUUUCAAUGGAUCUUCAUGAAAAUUGAUCUGAAUGUUCACCUUGAUGAUAUCUAGGUCAGUUUCGAAACUGGGUCACGUGCGGUCAAAAACUAGGCCAGUAGGUAUAAAAAUAGAAAAACCUUGUGACCUCUCUAGAGGCCAUAUUUUUCAUGAGAUCUUCAUGAAAAUUAGUGAGAAUGUUCACCUUGAUGAUAUCUAGGUAAAA